AUGAACUCGAAUCCGGACGGCCGAGCAGUGCGCGUCCUUCCGACGUUGGAUCCAUCCGUUUCUCAUGUUUUUGCAAAGCCGAGCAAAAAGAUCCACGACGAGCAAGAUGCAUCGACGUUCUUGACCACCAAAGCCUAUACGGACAUCAUGACCUUCCUCCUACAACUGAAUCGAUCAAUGUUCCCGGAGAAGCAAGCCGAUGGGACUCCACAGGCUUGGCCGAUGAAUACCGAAGCGGUACAGUUCUCUGCGCCUGUUCGACAAUUACAACACUUGCUUUCGAAACUCGAGGACCUCGUCCAGGAGGUUCCACCCCACGAUGGACCGCGCAGAUUCGGCAAUACUAGCUUUAGGAGGUGGCAUGAUGUUCUAGAGGAACGCGCAGAAAAAUUGUUGGAAGAGUGCCUGCCUGCGGAACUUCUGCAGAGACCUUCGUCAGAUGAAAGCGGUCCUCCUGCGGAGUCGGAGUUGAAGGCUUAUUUUCUCGGGAGUUGGGGAAGUGGCCAAAGACUGGACUAUGGAACAGGCCAUGAGUUGAGCUUCUUAGCCUUCCUGGGGGCAAUCUGGAAACUUAAGGGGUUUCCACAGUCCGAUCCGGGUGUUGAAGAAAGAGCAAUCGUGCUGGGUGUGAUUGAGCCGUACUUGGAGCUCGUGAGGCUGCUCAUCAAAACAUAUAACCUUGAACCUGCCGGCUCCCAUGGAGUAUGGGGACUUGACGAUCACUCCUUCCUUCCUUAUAUAUUUGGAUCAGCCCAGUUUUCACCGGCCAUCGAUGCCACAGAUCUCACCCCAGAGGAAGGCUCAUUGCCGGACACCCCUGAUCCAAGCGAAGUCGUGAGAGCAGCAACCGUGGAAAGGGAAAGAAAGACAAAUCUCUACUUCUCCGCAAUUGGUUUUAUUUAUGACAUGAAGAAAGGUCCAUUCUGGGAACAUAGUCCUAUGCUUUAUGACAUCUCAGGUGUGCGAGCUGGCUGGGGAAAGAUCAAUAAGGGUAUGAUUAAAAUGUACAAUGGGGAGGUCCUGUCCAAGUUUCCUGUCGUGCAACAUUUCCCAUUCGGGUCGCUUUUCAGUUGGGAUCGUGAUCCUUAUACCGCGGCUCCUUCAACCACUGUACAUGCUACCUCUGGUCCUCAGGGACGACCUGUUGUGCCCGAUGCCGGUCUCCCAUCUUCUACAUCAGCUCGACCAAACGUGGACAGUGGAAUGAAAGCGCCACGGGCAAGCUCAGGCGCGGGAACACGAGCGCCUCCCAUGGGGCCCACAGCGGCACCCUGGGCAGCGGCAAGAAGAGAUGUUUCUACAACCUCGUCGUCAAUUCCUUCCACUGCCACGGGGCCCGCCCUACCAGAUACGUCUCGGCCACCCUCCGGCCCGAUGGCACCAACCAGAGCUCCGUGGGCAGCUGCUCAACCUCCAGCGCCGCCAGGAGGUGACGGUCUUACGAAGGCCCCCUGGGCCAAAUGA